UCCGACAGCAAGAGGAGGAAGAGGAGGAGGAGGAGGCUAGCAUCCUUCAUGAUUCUGCAUUAAAGCCGCACUCUGUAUCAACAAACCCAGGGCCUUCACGGAUCCAAGCUUAGCUCUGCGUGAACUCCACAAACUCCAUCAUGGAUAAUUCCGGGAAAGAGAAGGAAGCCAUGCAGCUGAUGGCAGAGGCGGACAAAAAAGUCAAAUCAUCGGGUUCAUUUCUCGGAGGGAUGUUCGGGGGUAAUCAUAAGGUCGAGGAUGCAUGUGAAAUGUAUGCCAGAGCUGCCAACAUGUUCAAGAUGGCCAAAAACUGGAGUGCUGCAGGCAGUGCUUUCUGCCAAGCUGCACGACUUCACAUGCAGAUGCAGAAUAAACUGGACUCGGCCACCAGCUUCGUUGAUGCUGGAAAUGCUUAUAAGAAGGCAGAUCCUCAAGAGGCUAUCAACUGUUUAAACGCAGCCAUCGAUAUUUAUACAGACAUGGGAAGGUUCACGAUUGCCGCAAAGCAUCACAUGACUAUCGCAGAGAUCUAUGAAUCUGAGCUGGUGGAUAUCGAAAAGGCCAUCGUCCAUUAUGAGCAGGCUGCAGACUAUUACAAAGGCGAAGAGUCAAACAGCUCUGCUAAUAAGUGUCUGCUGAAGGUGGGCUCGUACAGCGCUCAGCUCGAGCAGUAUCCCAAAGCCAUCGAGAUCUUUGAGCAGGUUGCAACCAGCACGAUGGACAACCCUCUGCUGAAAUACAACGCUAAAGAGUACUUCUGGAAAGCAGCUCUCUGCCACUUCAUAGUGGAUGAGUUAAACGCAAAGCUUGCCAUUGAAAAGUAUGAAGGGAUGUUUCCGGCAUUCUCUGAUUCAAGAGAAUGUAAGCUGCUGAAAAAACUAUUGGAGGCUCAUGAGGAGCAGAACAGCGAGGUAUUCACUGAAGCCGUGAAGGAGUUUGAUUCGAUCUCCCGUCUCGACCAAUGGCAAACCACCAUGUUGCUGCGUAUCAAGAAGACCAUCCAGGGUGAUGCCGGCGACCUCAAGUGAUGUGUCCAAGAAAAAUACUGUGGCAUCAUAGCUAGUUUAAUUUCUUACCGUAUCGUAUGUGUGUGACAAUCUGGUUGAACAUUUCUGUAGUCAUACUUGCUCAAACAUAAGACGCUUCUUGGAAAGUCCAAAUGCAACUUGCAUUGCAUUUGAGAAAACAGAAGUAUAUAAAAUAUUAAUAUGGUUCUCUUCUGGAAGGCAUUUCUCUAUCCCUUUACUUCACCAUGAGGAAAUAUUUACCGUACACUGUUGUUUGUACUUGUGUGUGUGGCAUGCGAGACCCCAUAGGGCUGUUCUCUUUCUUUCAGUGUUGUCACUGGCAUUGUCAUGCAUGAUAAAUGUUUAAAGUGUGUUUAUGUGCUGUAGAAUAUCAGGUUUUUGUGAGUGCACUUUAUUUCUGCUGUCUGUUUAAAUUGAAAACACAUUGCCUUUUGCAUUUCCGUGCCAUUGGCCUCUAAAACACAUCCUCACGUCGUCUUUGUCGAUAUGGCAGUGUCAGUUCUGUCAGAGUAUUUGCAUUAGUGGCUGUACAUGUUUCAUAAUCAGCAGAAUAGCGUCUCUUGCUCACUAAUGGUGGUGAAGUGCUCAGCUCAAGUGAUUUUUUUUAGAGUGUGAUAUUACAGACAGCGU